AUGCCAUUCCAGGUCCAGAUUAUCCUCCUGAUCAUCGCACCGGCUGUCAACAACGUGGUCUAUCUGGUUUUGCAGGGAACUAGAGGUGGUCAGCUUGAGAUAAGAAAUGAUUCCAUGAUGGCUGGAAUUACCUUCCAAGUUGUUGUGCUAUAUCUUUUCGCAGUUCUGGUAAGCUUGUACUUACCUAGUGGGGGUUUGGCGCGCAGUAUCAGUCCGGCCUCUUGGGGACGCCGUGACUACACUGGAAACAUGACGGAGUGA